UGUGAGGAAACUAACCAGGCAAAAUGGUCGCUGAAAGCAAAGCAUCUAACCCCAUGCGCGAGAUCAUGGUGCGCAAGCUGUGCAUCAACAUCUGCGUUGGUGAGAGUGGUGAUCGUCUCACGCGUGCGGCGAAGGUGCUGGAGCAGCUCUGCGAGCAGGUCCCCGUGCUCUCGCGUGCUCGUCUGACCGUGCGCACCUUCGGCAUCCGUCGUAAUGAAAAGAUCGCCGUGCACUGCACCGUCCGCGGGAAGAAGGCGGAGGAGCUGCUCGAGAAGGGCCUCAAGGUGAAGGAGUUUGAACUGAUGAACUACAACUUCUCCGACACCGGCUCCUUUGGGUUUGGCAUCAGCGAGCACAUCGAUCUCGGGAUCAAGUACGACCCCUCGACCGGGAUUUACGGCAUGGACUUCUACGUCGUGCUCGGCCGUCGUGGGGAGCGGGUGGCGCACCGCAAGCGCUGCUGCAGCCGCGUCGGCCACAGCCACCGCCUCACGAAGGAGGACGCGAUGAAGUGGUUCGAAAAGGUCCAUGACGGUAUCAUCCUCAAGGGGAAGAAGGUGAAGAAGGUCUCCCACCGACGCCGUCGCUAAGCCUCUUCGGUUACUCGAUGCAGAUCAAUAAAAAAGGCCACGACUGACUCACAAAUGUUUUUUAAUUGUGAUUUUCCUUAUUUCAUUCCAUAAAAAAAAGUGUGCGUAUUCGCGUGCGUUCACUUACACAU